UGCUUUUUUUCUGCCGGCCAAAUCCUGCCCAGCAAUGUAUGCUAUACUAUGCUUGCUUUUGCUAUACGGAGGUAUGUGAUUAAUGCCUGGAGGCUUACUCCUGUCCAUUGCUCAUCCUGUAUCACCCCUCUCCCUGUGCAUCUCGAAAGUCGAAAGUAAGACGGACGCAAUCUCAUUCCUGGCUGUGUGCUGUAUCUCUGUCCUUCACGUUCAAACCCCCCUACCUCGAUACAGCCGUAUCAUCCCCACCUCUCCAUUCCCUCGAUCCCGGCAAGGCGGUGAAAUGCAUGGGGUGUAACCUAUCAAGGCCAGUGCGGUGCGCACCUAUCACACAGCUUCAUGCUCCGUGGGACCGUGUUGGCGACUCGCCAGUCGCCAGUCGCCAGCC